AUGUCGAGUUCAGAGUCGUCGUCGUCGUCGCUGAAGGAGCAGCUCACAGAAGCUGCACGCCUAGGAAAUGUUGCCCUCCUGCGGCAGCUGCUGCAAGGCGUCGAAGCCGGCGGCGAGCAGGUCACCGCCGGCGGCGCUCCGGCCGCCGUCAGGGCAGCCACUAUCUUUGUUGGGCACAGCCAGGUGACCGAAGCGAGAAUUGGUGAUAGAGAUCCAGCUUACGAUGAUCCUGAGAUGCAUCAAAUCAAUCCUGGAUUCCUACGAAAAAUUUCACCGGACGGAGGCUCUCUGCUCCAUGUGGUGGCAGCCAGCGGGGACAGACAGAACCACAGGGAUUGCGCCAUGGCGAUCCACGAGAAGGACAAGACACUCCUCUUGGAACGAAACGACGACGACGAGACAGCCCUGGACUGUGCAGCGAAGGCUCGCCACAGCAACAUGGUCUUGCAUCUCCUUCACCUGGAACGCGAAAGCGAUCAAUCGGCGAGCGAUGCUGGUGCUGCAAGGGGGAAGGAAAUCGUGGAGAAGAUGAACGGGGAAUGGGAGACGGAGCUGCACAGAGCGGUGAGGCAGCGGGACGACGGUGAGCUGGAGCGUUUGGGGCGGGAAGACCGCGGCCUGGCGCGUGUUCCGGACAUCCAUGGCAUGCCUCCGCUGUACCUCGCCGUCUUGUUAGGUUACAGCGACAUUGUUGAGAACCUAAUCUCAGCCUUCGGUGAUGAUCUGUCCUAUGAUGGACCGAAUGGACAAAAUGCACUACACGCUGCCGCUUUGAGAAGUGCAGAUCUUACGCGGAUAAUUGUAGAGAGAAGCAGUCCUCUCAGGACGAAAGCUGACUGUUCCGGCAACAUACCUCUUCACUUCGCAGCAUCAGUUGGAGUUAAGGGUAUAACAAGCUCUCUGCUUGAUGGAGACACAGGUCGCACCGGGAGGAGGCCAGACAAGAACGGGAUGUACCCCAUACACAUCGCUGCCUCUGUUGGCGUAAUGGAUCCAAUCUACUCGCUGGUGAAGAAAGAUCUGUCUUGUGCCACGCUGCGUGAUGCUCAUGGUAGGACGUUGCUUCACAUCGCCGUUGAGAAUGGCAAGUGCAACGUAGUCAAGUUCGUGUGCGAUGAGCCGACAGGAAUUUUCAAGGACUCUCUGAAUAUGAAGGACGGUGAUGGAAAUACUGCGUUGCAUCUGGCAGUCAAGAAGAGAGACAAGUUCAUCUUCGGCCAUCUCUUGGGGAAGAGGGAUGUGGAGCUCAACCAUGUCAACAUGGAGGGCUACACACCACUCGAUCUUGCGAGCAAGAUAAAAGUGGAGCAUCCCUUUGCCUCUCCUCAGAACCCGACAGAAUGGAUGAUUAGGGCAUUAGCUCAUUCCGGAGCUCAAUUCAGUCCUCGUCGACACGACGAGUUCAUCAGCGCUAACAACUCCGAAAAGAGGCAAGAACACGGGGCGAAGCUGGCGGAGUCGACCGAAAGCGUGCUGGUUGCGUCGGCGCUGAUCGCGACGCUGACGUUCGCCGCGGCGUUCACCAUGCCGGGGUCGUACAAAACCGGCGAAGCCACGCCGGCCCUGGGCGCCCUCUACGGCUUCAAGGUCUUCCUCGUCGCCGACAUGUUCGCCUUCUACUUCUCCGUGGCGGCCACCUUCAGCCUCGCCGAGUACGGCAACCGGCGGAACGUGGAUCCGCUCGUCCGCUGCGCCUACGCGCGGCGCUCCGUGUGGCUCUUCCACGUCGCGCUCAAGAGUGUCAUCGUGGCCUUCGCGUUCGGCGUGUCGGUGGUGAUGUGGGAGGUCUCCGCGAGCGCCAUCGCCAUCGUCGCCGCCGCCACCGCCGUCCUGGUGCUCUACGGGAACGUGCCGCUCGCGCACGACUUCAGGCUUGUGCGGGUGAUGUAUCGCAGGUUCGGCUUCUCCCGUUCUUGGGACCUGCGGCCUUCCACGAGCUCUCGCCUGGGCUGGACGUCAUGGCGGCUCACCAACUUCGUCGUCACGCUGGGAUGGAACCUGGUGAAGCUUUUCUGGGUGUAUGGCCUCAUAUUUCUGGUUGCUUACAUCGCUCAGCUGAGGCAGAAGAGUUGAUGCUUAUGCACUCAUCUUUGUGAUAAACUUCUCUGUGGGAUUCACAUGACAUCGAUCGGGUUAAAUUAAUUUGUAUUCGUUUUUUCUUGCAUUGCAUUCGCAAUUUAAAUUGUUGUUCGGAUGGUCACACUCUGGUUAGCGCUGAGCGGGCCAUCAGAAUUUUAUUUUCUUCCAUGUUAUUUGUACCAAUGAACUUACCAAAUGUAUAAUG